AUGGACGUGUGUUUUCCAGGCUCCUCUGACAUCACGGGUCCAGGCGCAGUGAAGGGCUGGGAGCGGAGCUCGCUGACCGUGCAGUGUCGCUAUGCUGGAUAUUGGAAGAACUACGUGAAGUAUUGGUGUCGAGGGGCUCACUUGGGCAGCUGCAACACCCUUGUUCAAACCACUGGCUUGGAGCUGGAGGUGAAGCAGGGCCGCGUGUCCAUCAGGGACCAUCAGAGAAACUACACGUUCAUCGUGACCAUGGAGGCGCUCACGCUGGGCGAUGCGGACACUUACUGGUGUGGGAUUGAGAAAGCCGGAUAUGACCUUAGGGAUGAAGUUAAAGUGACCGUUGACCCAGCCACUACAGUGUCCACCACCACCACCACCACGACCACCACCAUGACCACCAGCAGCAUGACAACUACCACACCCACCACCACCACCCACCACACAGCACCGGUCUCCCCAGAAGAGGACAAAGUCCCCCCAACUGAAACCACUAGCAGCUCCCUGCUGGGCAGCGUCCACUUCCUGCUCCUGGUCUUCCUGAAGGUGCCCCUGCUCCUGGGCAUGCUCAGUGCCGUCCUCUGGGUGCACCGGCCUCAGGGGGGCCAUCGCAGUGCUCUGGCCCGGGACGCCCUGGACAGACGCAGACUCUCGGGCAGAGGAGAUGACUUUCACCCCAGACUGAGACACAGGAACCUGCUCAUGCUGCUCGCAGGAGACAGCCUGGACUGCGGGGAGCCCCCAGCUGCAGGGGACGGACCUGGGCUCUUCCUGCUUUGA